ACGCACUAGCCACCCCAGUCACGCAACUCCCAAGCACAAGCAGAUGAUGAUACUCCAACACAUAACUUUUCUCCACCAAGCUUAUCAGCCUCGCUCAUAAUAAUCAUGUGAUUCUCUUUAUGUGUAUGUCUCGACUCAAUAUUUAAAACCCGUAUAAUAUUUUUCAAUAUAUAUAUACUGAGUACAUCCAUAUCAUGACCGCCCAGAAAUUAAACAAAAUUCACUCUAGCUAGCUAGCUAGUAUCCCUCCUCUCCUUCUCCACAAAAAGUUGUGAUAGUUACACAAUAAUCUUUCAAUUUCUAGAGGAAGUUAACAACAACAACAAAAAAAAAAAGAGUGGCCGGAUCGAGAUCGAAUUAUGAUGAAUAAACGGAUAGUAAGUGGAGUGAUGAUCUUCACUAUAAGCACAUCAAUGAUUACGAUAAUAUCGACGGGGAUAUGGUUGUUGAACCAGCCAAGCGACUUGUGCCUAGGCGACAAGAGCGCGCAAUACGACGGGCGUGGAGAAUUCACGUCAAUAAUCUACGUAGGUGCAGGAUUAUGCCUAAUGUUUACGGUUGUGUGUUUAUUUGCUAUGCCCGUGCGCCCGAGUUGGAGAAAAUACGGGGAGUAUGGUGACCAACGGAUGAUCAUUGCCGUCACUUGUUUUGGUGUGCAGCUUCUUCUCCUUAUAUUGUUUGCUAGCCUAUAUGCGCUUACGCAAAGCACCGUCGGUUUCGUCGCGCUUCAGAGGUGGAUUUAUAGUCCUGAAAGAUGGAUCAAUAUCAAAGAUUGUUUGUAUGAAGAUAGUAAUGUUUGCGCUCGUUUUCAGAAUAAGUAUGGUGAUGAUACUCAACAUCAGUUUUUUGGUAGAUAUUUAACUCCUCUUGAGUCGGGAUGUUGCAAGCCUCCCAUAGAGUGUAACUUCAAAUUCUCAAGCCCAAGUGUUUGGAUCAAGCCAUCAAACGGUACAUACUCAAACACGGACUGUUAUGAAUGGGAAAACGACCAAAAGAAGCUAUGUUAUAACUGUCAAGUAUGCAAGCUUGGUUACACACUAGAAUUGAAGAACGCAUGGACAAUUAGUGGAACUGUCGUUGUCAUAGCAUGGUUAGUAUUUCUUUCUGGUUUUAUAUUGCCAAAAAUGCUUGUUAAGGAUCAAGAUGAACUAAUGUAGGAACUUUUUUUUUUGGUAAAAUGGAACAACAAGAUGUCGAUAUGUAUCUAUCUUUAAUCAUUGUGUUCUAAGUUAAGUUUAUGUCUUUAUGUCUUUAUGAUACUCCGUAAUUAAAGUUAUUUCGACUUAUGAUAUACUCGUACUUUGUAAAUAAAGUUAUUUCAACCUAUAUACAGUAGUACGUAUGACAUUUCUAUAAUUUUUCUUCUACUUCGUAUGUAAUUAUUAUCUUGUAUAAUGAACUUUUUUAGUCGAGUAUGUAUUGAAUCAAUUGGAUGAUACUGUUAAACACUA